AAGAAUUCAUAGGGCAAUGCUAUCUAAUUGGGGGAAAUUUCUUAAAGAAACAAACGAGAAUAUUUUUCUUUCAGAACCCUCCAAAAAUCUUCCGACCUGCCAAUUUCUUCCAGAAACCUUGAAUUCAAUUGUAUUUUUAGAUAACUCAAAGAUAUGGCGAUAUCUCCUACUGCAGCUCUCGCUGCUCAAUUUCCCUCUUCUUCUUCAUUCUCUUCGUGUAAGAGGCACCCAAACUCCAAUAUUGUUAAUUUUCCAAGUUUGUUAAGUCAAGGAAGUCAAACUGGGAGGGCUAGAAGAUCUCUUAGCGUGCAUGGAUUAUUUGGUGGGAAGAAGGAUAACAAUGACAAGAGUGAUGAAGGUUCGAAGGCAGGGUUUAUGGGAAAUAUGCAAAAUUUAUACGAAACGGUAAAGAAGGCACAGAUGGUUGUCCAAGUUGAGGCAGUACGAGUGCAAAAAGAACUUGCUGCAGCUGAAUUUGAUGGUUAUUGUCAAGACGAGCUAAUAAAGGUAACACUCUCUGGAAAUCAACAACCUGUCCGCAUUGAGAUAACAGAUGCUGCAAUGGAGUUGGGAGCUGAGAAACUCUCUCUUUUAGUGACGGAGGCAUACAAGGACGCGCACCAGAAGAGCGUUGAGGUAAGACGAGCACAAACCAGAAUGUCAUGCUUUUCUCGUCCCGUGUUGUGUAGUUCGUUACACGUUUGUUUGCGCUUGUCGUGCAGGCCAUGAAAGAAAGAAUGAGCAAUCUUGCACAGAGCUUAGGAAUGCCAGGAGGAAUGCCGCAGGGUUUAGGCGACAGUCUCAAGUAAUUUGGGGAUGACUUUCAAUUUUGUAAACAAGAUUUGAGUACAAUAAUAUUUGGUUCCAGGCAUUUUUAAGUUUUACUUGUACCUCAAUAUAAGGAUCUAUUGUUUCUUGUCA